AUGCCGGUCACUACUCUUCAAUUAGAUCAUAUAAUACGUGAAUUGGGCCUUGUCAAGGAGCGCAUAACAGCUUGGGAUUCCAAAAUUGAAGCGGCGAACAGAGAGCUGGAUGAGAACAAGGUGGUCAAACAGGAAGUCAACAUUCUCAGGGAAGAGAACAAGGUACUCAAACAGGAUGUCGACGUUCUCCAGAAGAAGAACAAUAAGCUCGAGGAGGAUGUUAAGACAAACCGCACCAACAUCUUGAAACUCGAUCGCCGCACGCUGGUUAACGAGGCCCGCGACAAAUUAAGGGACGAAUUCUCAUUCACGUAA